GCUGUAAAUAGCUCAUAUUGUAAUCGCGCUUCAGUCCGGCGCGCAAGAGCAGCCUCGCUGGUGGCGUUGAGCGCGCGCUUCGGCUUUUCAGGUUCCCAGUGAUGAAUGUUGAUCAGGACAGGCCGUAUGUAUGCACUGCUCCCGGAUGCACUCAGAGUUUCCAAAGAGAAGAUCACUUAAUCAUUCACAGACACAAACAUGAGAUGACCCUCAAGUUUCCCUCCAUCAAGUGUGAGAACACACUGUCAGAUCAGACUCCGACUCCAACACGCUUUCUGAGAAACUGUGAGGAGGUGGGACUCUUCAGUGACCUGGAGCUCGAUCAGGUGACAGAAGACGAAGAGGAAGACGCCAGGCAGAACUUUGCAGUGCAGCGUUCAUCUGUUUCGAGCCAGCCUCAUGAUGAGAGCCAGCGGCAACAUCAUCAGUUCCAGCCCCAGCAGCAGCAGUGCUCCCUGGCCCAGCUCCAUGACAGCCAUCUUCACACACACACCUCUCAGUCUACAUCUCACUGCUCCAUGGCACGACCACCAACCCACAGCACUGCCAACACACAGUCAGCACCCAGCUGUCUGCACAGCCAACAGAGGCUUCCUGCAGCCUGUGCUAUGCAAGGGACAUCUACUAUGCAUAUGAACACCCAGUUAAGUAUGGACACCAACCUCAUUGGAAUACCAGGCCCCACCCAUUCUGGAUCAGGCCCUACUCACCAGAGGUCAAAGGUCAUGCCAAGCCAGACACACCCCGCAGUAUCCAAUGGGAAUCAGAACCCUGCGUAUCACACGAUGGAGAUGAUGUCAUCACAGCAGCACAGGAGGGCAGGGCUACCACUGACACACCUGGCAGCAGCGUCUCACCCUUCUUACCAGCAACACUGCCACAGCCAAUCACAGCAAAGACACGCCCACCAACAUCAAAGUCAAGAGCUGUCACCUCACAGCUGUGCCCACCACUCUCCCCCUGCACACCUGCACCCAGGCCCCGCCCAUCUGACCACCACUCACCUGACACAUCAGCCAAUACCUGCACAGAUAUCUCCGAUUCCCAAAAACGCACCCUGCUCACAGUCUCCUCCACAGAUGAGCGGAGGGAGACGCAGGCGGACGGCAGACGAUGACCCAGACGAACGCAGGCGGAAGUUUCUGGAAAGGAACAGGGCCGCAGCCUCCCGCUGCAGACAGAAGAGGAAGGUCUGGGUGAUGUCACUGGAAAAGAAGGCUGAGGAGCUCACACAUACCAACCUGCAGCUGCAGAAUGAAGUGACAUUGCUCAGGUCAGAGGUCACUCAGCUGAAGCAGAUUCUGCUGGCUCAUAAAGACUGCCCCGUCACCGCAAGACAACGGGAAACGCAUGGGGGCAGUCCAACAGGAAGUCCCAUUCAGCCACACGCUGUCCAACUCAACAGCAUCUCAACAACCAGUACCACCACAGCACACACACACCUCACCACUCACUCCCAUUCUGCCAGCUAAAUGCAAUUCUAACAUGCAUCUUUGACAACACAAAAUCUUUCUGUCCCUUUUUCAAGCCAUCAGUAAGUUUCUUCAAAGGGCUCAGAAAAGAAAUUGUGUAUUUAAAUAGAACCAAACAGUCAUUGCUUAUGUCAAAAUGAGUUCUUGUUAUAUAGACUACACUCCGUCUGUACAUUUCAUCUCCAUUAAGAAUGUCAUGUAUUAUUAAAAAAAGAGAGCUUAAAGGAAUACUCCAGCAUUUUGUAAUCUAAUGUCUACUAGAUAUGCAGCUUACAUUUGAUUAUGGUAGAUUGCUGAAGAAACUGCCCAUUGACUGUGUGUUGUGAGCCAAUGGUUUUGUGUUCUUUUAUGAAGUACAGUGAAAUUAUUGUGUGUUGCACGCAGCCAGAUUAGGCUGAAAAGCACUGGAGUAUCCUCUAAAAUGUAAUUCCACCAAUUUGUCUUCAAUUCUGGAUGAUUUAGUUGUUCAGAUCCAAAGUCCUUCAGAGUAUUUUGAUAGGAAAUUGUAGAGAAACUUACUGGUUAAUUUCUUUACAGU